AUGGCGGACGGGGCGCCCCGGCCCCCGCUGUCCCGCAGCGUGUCGUUCAAGCUGCUGGAGCGCUGGAGCGGCGGGCCCGGCGCGCGGGAGGCGGCGGCGGACACCCCCGGGCUGCGGCGCCGGGCCUCGUGCCGGCCGGUGGCGGCCGCGCAGGACCAGCCCUCCCGGCGCGUGUCCAAGCUGGCGUCGGGGCCCGCGGCCUCCCCCGCGCAGCCGCGCCCGCUCCGCAGCCUGUCGCCGUCGGUGCGCCAGCUCUCCCGGCGCUUCGACGCGCGGCGGCCGGACGGCGACCCCGCGGGGGCCCGCGACGGGGGCGUCUCCCCGGGCGCCGCGGAGGAAGCGGCCGCCGAGGGCGCGGCGCGCGGGGCCUGGCCCAGCGUCACCGAGAUGCGCAAGCUCUUCGGCGGCCCGGGAGCCCGGCGGGCCGGAGCCGGAGCCGGCGCCGACCCCGAGCCCUCCGGGGCGGCCUGCCUCGACGGGGCCGUCGCCUGGGAGCCUCCGCCUCCCCGCGAGCCCCGGCAGCCCCCGCCGCCCCCUCCUCGGACGUGCUUCCCCUUGGCGGGCCUGCGCGCUGCACGGUCGCUGCCGGGCCCCGGGACGAUGGAGGGGAGGAGGUGGCGGCAGCAGCAGCAGCAGGAGCGGGCGCAGCGUCCGGCGGAUGGUUUACAUUCUUGGCAUAACUUCUCCCAACCGCAGGCCGGGGCCCGGGCCUCCUGCUCCUCCUCCACCUCCUUCUCCAUCGCCGCCUCCUAUCCUGUCAGCCGCAGCCGGGCAGCCAGCACCAGCGAGGAGGAAGUGGAGGGCCCCGGGCUGCAGAGCCCGGCCUACCGCGGCGACCCCUCUGCGGCGCUGGGCAGUGACGAGGACCACGACGGUCACUCUCACCGCUGGGCAGGGAAGCCGGGACCCAGGCCUGCAAGUUCUCUUGUGGAUCGGGACUCCGGGCCUGACAGUUAUGGGUUAAAUCUGGACACCAUGGACUCCUCCUCAAGGCCAGUACGGAGCCCUGAGCCCCUAGCCUCACCCAGAGCCUCCCGAGAGGAAGAACUUCAGGAAUGGGCCACAGGUUCACCUCCCUGUGGACCCUGUGCCCAGGAGGGACUUAGGCCCUUGUCGGACUCCGUUGGAGGCGCUUUUCGGGUGGCUAAGGUGAGUUUCCCUCCUUACCUGGCCAGCCCAGCCGGCUCCCGGGGCAGCAGCCGUUAUUCUAGCACCGAGACACUCAAGGAUGAAGAUCUGUGGGCCAGCCGGGGUUCAGGGAGCUGGGGCAUAUACCGGUCCCCAAGCUUUGGAGCUGGGGAAGGCUUCCCCCUGCGGCCCCAGGCUCGAACUCGCUGCAAAGGACUGGUGGGCACUGCCAGGGCGCUUGAAAUGGACAAGAACCGGCAACGCAAGUCUCUGUCGAAUCCAGAUAUCGCCUCCGAGACCCUCACGCUUCUUAGCUUCCUGCGCUCGGACCUUUCAGAGCUGAGGGUCCGGAAACCUGGUGGAAGAACAGGGGACACCAGCAGUGGCCCCUCAGAUGGCAGAGGCUCCCCAGCGGUAGAAGGGCCUGUGGGGCCCUUGGGACCCAUGUCCCCUCCAGCCCCAGCCUCCCCAGGUGCCCGGCCCACCCUCAAGGACCUGACGGCCACCCUGCGGAGGGCUAAGUCCUUCACCUGCUCUGAGAAGCCAGUGUCUCACCGCGUCCCCCGCACCAGUGUCCUGAAACCCAGCUCCUCCGAGCUCCUGCUGGCAGGUGUUGGAGCCGAGGAGGACCCCCUGCCCCAUGUCAUCCAGGACCAGUAUGUACAAGAAGCCAGGCAGGUGUUUGAGAAGAUCCAGCGCAUGGGUGCCCAGCAAGACGAGGGGAGUGAGGUGCCCCUGGGCAGUCCGGACUGGGCUUCAGGGGAAACUCAAGGGCAGCGGUCCCAGGAGGAGCUCUCUGGCCCUGAGUCCAGCCUGACGGAUGAAGGUAUUGGAGCCGACCCUGAGCCUCCCAUUUCAGCCUUUUCCAGCUUGGGGACCUCAGGAGUGUGGCGUCCCCUCUCCUCAUCUUCAGCCCCACUCAACCACCAUGGUCCUGGGGCCGAAGAUAGUCUGGGGGGAUGGACUCUGGUGUCCCCUGAAACACCUUCCACACCUGGUGCCCUCCGCCGCAGACGAAAAGUUCCCCCUUCAGGUCCUGGUGGGACAGAACUGAGCAAUGGGGAGGCCGGGGAGGCCUACAGGUCUCUAAGUGAUCCCAUUCCGCAGCGCCACCGGGUGGCUGCCACCGAGGAGCCUUCAGGGUUCUCUGUGGACAGCAACCUGCUGGGUUCUCUGAGUCCCAAGACUGGGCUUCCAGUGGCCUCUGAGGUGGACGAGGGCUUGACUGGUGGCCACAGUGACUGGUCUGUGGGCAGUGAAGAGACUAAAGGCUACCAGGAGGUCAUUCAAAGCAUUGUUCAGGGGCCUGGUGCCUUGGCGCGAGUAGUAGACGAUAGAUCAGCUGGCAAAGCCCCUAAGAAGAAAUCUCUGAGUGACCCCAGCCGGCGAGGGGAGCUGGCUGGGCCAGAAUUCAAGGGUCCUGGAGGGGAGCCCAUCCGAGAAGUGGAGCCAGCUCUGCCUCCAUCUAGCAGUGAACCCCUCUUAGCCGAGCGGCCCACCGAUGCAGAAGAGAACAGUGCUGCCAGGGGCCGGGCACAAUCUGAGAGGGCACUGGGGGCCCCGCCCGCUGCUGCCGCCCACAGUGACUUCUACCUUGACCCUAAGCUGGCUGACGUCCUGUCCCCGAGGCUCCACCGCCGCAGCUCCAAGAAGCGGCCAGCCCGGAGCAGUCAUCAAGAGCUCCAGAGAGAGGGCCAGGACCACACGGGCAGCCUGUCUCGGGCCCGACCCUGCUCUAAGCACGUGCGCCAUGCCAGUGUGCCCGCCACCUUCAUGCCCAUCGUGGUGCCUGAGCCUCCCACUUCCACUGGCCCGCCAGUGGCCGUGCCGGAGCCAGUGGGCCAUUCUGCCAGACCCAACCCUAUGGCGCAGGCCCCCUCGUUGGAAGACGUCACGAAGCAGUACAUGCUGACCCUCUGCUCUGGGGAGGUGCCAGCCCCUGUGCCUGUGGAUGUGCCCUGUUUGACUCCAGUUGUGCCACCCUCUGUGCCCUGUUUGACUCCAGUUGUGCCACCCUCUGCAGAGACCAAGCCCUCCGAGACAGUCCGGGCUCCAAAUGAGCCUGCCCCCACCAGCAAGUGCUGCAGCAAGCCCCAAGUGGACAUGCGGAAACACGUGACCAUGACGCUGCUGGACACGGAACAGUCGUAUGUGGAGUCGCUGCGCACCCUGAUGCAGGGCUACAUGCGGCCACUGAAGCAGCCAGAGAAUUCUCUGCUGUGUGACCCGGCACUGGUGGACGAGAUCUUCGACCAGAUCCCCGAGCUGCUGGAGCACCACGAGCAGUUCCUGGAGCAGGUCCGCCACUGUGUGCAGACCUGGCACGCGCAACAGAAGGUGGGAGACCUGCUCCUGCAGUCGUUCUCUAAGGAUGUCCUGGUCAACAUCUACUCUGCCUACAUCGAUAACUUUCUCAAUGCCAAGGACGCCGUGCGUGUGGCUAAGGAGGCCAGGCCAGCCUUUCUCAAGUUCCUGGAGCAAAGCAUGCGGGAGAACAAGGAGAAGCAAGCCCUGUCUGACCUUAUGAUCAAGCCUGUGCAACGCAUCCCUAGAUACGAGCUGCUGGUGAAGGACCUCCUGAAGCACACGCCUGAGGACCACCCAGACCAUCCUCUACUGCUGGAUGCCCAACGGAACAUCAAGCAGGUGGCUGAGCGCAUCAACAAGGGCGUUCGACAUGCGGAAGAGGCAGAGCGGCAUGCUCGAGUGCUGCAGGAGAUUGAGGCGCACAUCGAAGGCAUGGAGGAGCUCCAGGCUCCACUGCGACGCUUCCUAAGGCAGGAGAUGGUCAUUGAAGUGAAGGCGGUGGGCGGCAAAAAAGACCGGUCACUCUUCCUCUUCACUGACCUCCUGGUCUGCACCACCCUGAAGCGGAAGUCGGGCUCCCUUCGUCGGAGCUCCAUGAGCUUGUACACGGCAGCCAGCGUCAUCGACACGGCCAGCAAGUACAAGCUGCUGUGGAAGCUGCCGCUGGAGGACGCAGACAUCGUUAAAGGGGCAACCCAAGCCACCAACCGGGAGAACAUACAGAAGGCCAUCAGCCGCCUUGAUGAGGACCUGAGCACCCUAGGCCAUAUGAGCAAACUCUCUGAGAAUCUGGCCUUCCCCCACCAGAACCUGGACGAUGCACUGCGGGACCUGUCGGCCGCCAUGCACCGGGACCUGUCGGAGAAGCAGGCGCUGUGCUACUCGCUUUCCUUCCCCCCCACCAAGCUGGAGCUAUGCACCACGAGGCCUGAGGGCACUGACUCCUUCAUCUUUGAGUUCCCCCACCCUGAUGCCCGCCUCGGCUUUGAGCAGGCCUUUGAUGAGGCCAAGCGGAAGCUGGCAUCCAGCAAAAGCUGUCUAGACCCCGAAUUUCUGAAGGCCAUCCCCAUCAUGAAGACCCGAAGCGGCAUGCAGUUCUCCUGUGCGGCCCCAACCCUGAGCAGCUGCCCAGAGCCCACACCCGAGGUAUGGGUCUGUAACAGCGAUGGGUAUGUGGGCCAGGUGUGCCUGCUGAGCCUGCGCUCUGAGCCGGACGUGGAGGCCUGCAUUGCUGUGUGCUCUGCCCGAAUCCUCUGCAUUGGAGCCGUGCCUGGCCUACAGCGCAGCUGCCAUCGGGAACCCUCACAGAGGAACCCCACAGAGCCAGCGUCUGAGUCCACCAGACCAGAACUGGAUGAAGAGGCCACCUAUGAGGAGUCAGCUACGCUGGCAGAGCCAGGACCCCAACCCUGCCUGCACAUAUCCAUUGCUGGCUCCGGCCUGGAGAUGGCGCCAGGCCCCACAGAGGGUGACCCCCGCCCAGAACUGGUGCCCUUUGACAGCGACUCUGAUGAUGAGUCUUCUCCCAGCCCCUCUGGGACCCUGCAGAGUCAAGCCAGCCGGUCUACCAUCUCCUCUAGUUUUGGCAACGAGGAGACCCCGAGCUCCAAGGAGGCCACUGCUGAGACAACCAGUUCUGAGGAGGAGCAGGAACCAGGCUUCCUGCCCCUGGCAGGCUCCUUCGGACCCAGCGGGCCUUGUGGUUCCAGUCCAAUGGACGGGCGAGCCCUGCGCCGCUCCAGCCGAGGCUCCUUUACGCGGGGCAGCCUCGAGGACCUUCUCAGCGUGGACCCUGAAGCUUACCAGAGCUCCGUAUGGCUGGGCACCGAGGAUGGCUGUGUCCACGUGUACCAGUCCUCGGACAGCAUCCGGGAUCGCAGGAACAGCAUGAAGCUCCAGCAUGCAGCCUCAGUGACCUGCAUCCUCUACCUGAACAACCAGGUGUUCGUGUCUCUGGCCAACGGAGAACUCGUGGUCUACCAAAGAGAAGCAGGUCGUUUUUGGGACCCUCAGAACUUCAAGUCAGUGACCCUGGGUGCUCAAGGGAACCCUAUCACCAGGAUGGUGUCUGUGGGUGGGCGGCUGUGGUGUGGCUGCCAGAACCGAGUUCUUGUCCUCAGCCCUGACACGCUGCAGCUGGAGCACACGUUUUCUGUGGGGCAGGAUUCCAGCCGCAGUGUGGCCUGCAUGGUGGAUUCCAGCCUCGGCGUAUGGGUGACACUGAAAGGCAGCGCCCAUGUGUGUCUCUACCAUGCAGACACCUUUGAGCAGUUGGCAGAGGUGGAUGUCACACCUCCAGUGCACAGGAUGCUGGCAGGCUCUGACGCCAUCAUCCGGCAGCACAAGGCCGCCUGCCUGAGAAUCACAGCAUUGCUGGUGUGUGAGGAACUGCUGUGGGUGGGCACCAGUGCCGGCGUUGUGCUCACAAUGCCCACCUCGCCUGGCACUGUCAGCUGCCCCCGAGCGCCCCUCAGCCCUGCAGGCCUCGGCCAGGGACACACUGGCCAUGUUCGCUUCCUGGCCGCAGUCCAGCUACCGGAUGGCUUUGACCUGCUCUGCUCGACUCCACCACCUCCCCCAGACACAGGCCCCGAGAAGCUGCCUUCACUGGAGCACCGGGACUCCCCUCGGCACCGAGGCUCCGUGUCAGCCCGGCCAAAAAUGUUGGUCAUCAGUGGAGGGGACGGCUACGAGGACUUCCGCCUCAGUGGUGGGGCCGGGGGCAGUAGUGAGACUGUGGGCAGAGAUGACAGCACCAACCACCUCCUCCUAUGGAGGGUGUGACCCUGCCCACCCACCCUCAGUCCACCUGCCUUUUCCUUGCUCACACACAGACUCUGGCCAGGAGUAAUCCCCAGGGUUACCGCUGGGCCCUCCUGGUCACCCUACCAGCCUUGCCGAAGCAUUCCUGAUGGAUUCCCGCUGGCCAGCUGGGCCCAGAACUUUCCCGACCUCUGGCUGCUCCGGUGCUCCCAGUCAUGAGGGUGGUGGUGAGGCAUGUGGGCUGCCCAGGACCUCUGUCCCUGGAGCUUCUACCAAAGACACGGCCGGGCCUGCACCCCACAGGGCUGGGGAGGGCCAUGUGCAAUAUUGGAGGGUUUUCUGGGGGCAGUGGGAGGGCUGAGGGACGGAAUCCUUUCCCAUGUACAGUAUUUAUGUUUAUUUUUAGAUGUGUACCUUCUCAAGCACUUAUUUAUGCAGUGGCCUAGGCAGGGGUGACUUGAGGAAGUAGCAGAAGAGAAAAAGAAAAAAAACUAUUCCUGCUCUGGGGCCUGCCUUGGGAUCCCAAUCUAGGCUUCCUGGAAGACCCUAUACCCUCUUAUUACAUCCAUUUGUGUGUGCAUGCGCACACACGCACACACCCAAUACCCUAUUAUUACAUCUGCGCACACACAUGCACCAUGUUCAGAGUCCUCAAACACUGCCGCUUAACAUACAUGUCCCACAGUCGUCCUGAACAGGCCUUGUAGUGCCCAGAGCCAAGGACCAAGCCAAGCCCCACCCCGCAGUCAUCUAAGACAAGAUGAUGACCGUAAGGGGUGGGAGGCAGGGAACCCUCUGGGGGGCCUCUCUGGGCCAUGACAUUUCCUCGAUUGUUGGCAGUGCCUUUAAUAGUGUCCUGGUUUGGGGACACUGGGGCCCCGGACAGGGCCUUCUCCUGGCCCUAGCAGGGAUGAGAAAGGGCCCCUGCUCUCCUGCAGUCCCCCACCCAGCUCCCACCCCUCGUGUCUCAUGCACUGGCACAAAGGGUCACCUUGGGAGGGUGGGCUUAGGGGCCCCCCUCACUCUGACCACUGAAUUUCUCCUCACACCCCUUCCUCUAGGACGCCUAAAGCUGGGAUGCAGGGGAAGCUGGACAUGGCCUCUUUAGCUGGGAAACCCCCAACCCCCUACCAUAUCCCAGUCUGCAGGGAGCUGUGUUCACUCCCCACUCCCUCGUUUCUUCAGCUGCAGCUCCAAAGGUCCAGUUUCAGAUGGGGUAGGGUUGGUUCUGGUUCUGUUUGGGGUGGGAUGAGGGGUCAUUGCAGUUUAGAUUGUUUCUCUUGCUACCAAACAGUCAUGUAUAACUUUUCUUGGAUGAUGACGUUUAAAGAGUCAAUAAAUAGAAAUACCAAA